UCACCAAUAGCCACCAGGAGCUGACCACCGCGCUGAGGGCUCGCCUGAUGGCAGAUGCCAAGCAGCACCCCAGCGGUGCCGAUGGUCAGCUCCCUGGAUAUCGAGGUGGUCGUGGGGCCCGCCCAGGAUGAGGAGGAGAGGUGCGACCUCCCUGGCUGUGUGGAAAAACGGGCCAGGAAUGUGGACCUGGAGGCCCAGGUCAGAAGACUGACUGUGGAGCUGCAGGGGGCACUUUGGUCGCCUCCAGACCAAGAGGCUCCGGAGGGAAAAGCCUGCUCCCCACCUGCCUGCUGCCCCCCCUCAGCCUGCUGCCCACCUGCCUGCUGCCCCCCCACCUGCCUGCUGCCCCCUCCCCCUGCUCCCCACCUGCCUGAGCUGCCCCUGCCUCAGCCUGCUGCCCACCUGCCCCCCACCUGCCUGGUGGCUGCCCACCUGCCUGCUGCCCACCCUCAGCCUUGCUCCCUACCUGCCUGCUGCCCUGCCUGCUGCCCCGCCUCAGCCUGCUCCCUACCUGCCUGCUGUCCCGCCUCAGCCUGUUGCCCACCUGCCUGGGCCUGCUGCCCACCUGCCUGCUGCCCACCCUCAGCCUGCUCCCUACCUGCCUGCUGCCCCGCCUCAGCCUGCUGCCCACCUGCCUGCUGCCCACCUGCCUGCUGCGCCUCAGCCUGCUGCACCCCCUCACCUGCUGCCCACCUUGCCUGCUGCCCCCGCCUCAGCCUGCUGCACCCCCUCAGCCUGCUGCCUACCUGCCUGCUGCCCCGCCUCAGCCUGCUCCCUACCUGCCUGCUGCCACCUGCCUGCUGCCCCGUCUCAGCCUGCUCCCUACCUGCCUGCUGUCCCGCCUCAGCCUGCUGCCCACCUGCCUGCUGCCCCGCCUCAGCCUGCUCCCUACCUGCCUGCUGCCCACCUGCCUGCUGCCCCGCCUCAGCCAACAUCUUCUACCUGUCCUCCUCCAGCGAAGAGGAGGAGUCCGGGACCUCUUCCCUGGAGGAGGAGCGGGAGAAGACGCGCCGGUUGCUGGAGGAGGAGGACGACGACGAUGAAUGGUUUUCUUUUUUUAUUUAAAUUAAAGUUUAAUUAGUUCAUGUAGUGUAAUAGGGUAUUUGUUUUGUUGUUUAUUUUGUAAUUUGUUCGAAGGGGUUGUAUAUAGGGUGGUGUGGCUUUUG